AUGGCCAUUUCUAAAAUCGUCGCUAACUACGUCUAUGAUUCAAGAGGUAACCCAACCGUUGAAGUAGACUUGACAACUGAAAAAGGUACUUUCCGUUCAAUUGUCCCAUCUGGUGCUUCUACUGGUAUCCAUGAAAGUUUAGAAUUACGUGAUGAUGAUAAAUCUAAAUGGUUAGGUAAGGGUGUUUUGACUGCAGUUGACAAUGUCAACAAAGUUGUUGCUCCUGCUUUAAUUAAGGCUAAUUUGGAUGUUAAAGAUCAAAAGGCUGUUGAUGAUUUCUUGUUGAAAUUAGACGGUACUCCAAACAAAUCUAAGUUGGGUGCUAACGCCAUCUUGGCCGUCUCCAUGUCUGUUGCAAGAGCAGCUGCCGCUGAAAAAAAUAUUCCACUAUAUACUCAUAUUGCUGAAUUAGCUGGCCAAAAGACCUCUACUUUUGUAUUACCAGUUCCAUGUUUCAACGUCUUAAACGGUGGUGUACAUGCUGGUGGUGCUCUAGCUUUACAAGAGUUCAUGAUCGUUCCAACUGGUGCUAAAUCUUUCGAGGAGGCCUUAAGAAUCGGUUCAGAAACUUACCAUCAAUUGAAGAGUUUGGCUAAAAAGACUUUUGGUUCUUCUGCCGGUAAUGUUGGUGAUGAAGGUGGUAUUGCUCCAGAUAUUGAAAACCCAGAACAAGCCUUGGAUUUAAUUGUUAAAGCUAUUGAUGCUGCUGGAUACACUGGUAAGAUAAAGAUUGCUUUAGACCCUGCUUCUUCUGAAUUCUUCAAAGAUGAUAAGUACGAUUUAGGUUUCAAGACAACUACUAAGGAUCCAGCACAAGUAUUAACAGGUAAACAAUUAGGUGAUCUGUACCACUCAUUAUGUCAAAAAUACCCAAUUAUUUCUAUUGAAGAUCCAUUUGCUGAAGAUGACUGGGAGUCCUGGACUAAUUACUUCCCAAGAGCUGGUGUUCAAAUUGUUGCUGAUGAUUUAACCGUUACAAAUCCAGCCAGAAUUGCAACUGCUAUUGAAAAGAAGACUGCUGACUGUUUGCUAUUAAAGAUUAAUCAAAUCGGUACUAUUACUGAGUCCUUGAAGGCUGCCGCUGAAGCCUACGCUGCUGGAUGGGGUGUUAAGGUUUCUCACAGAUCUGGUGAAACUGAAGAUGUCUUCAUUGCCGAUUUAGUCGUUGGUUUAAGAUGUGGUCAAAUCAAAUCAGGUGCUACUGCCAGAUCCGAAAGAUUGUCCAAAUACAAUCAAUUGUUAAGGAUUGAAAGAGAAUUGGGUAGCAAAGCCAUUUAUGCCGGUGAAAAGUUCCAUAAUGGUAAUAAAUUAUGA